AAAAUAUGUUGGCUCGCCCAGACCCUCAUUGCCUGGCAUCGGCGUAGGCAUUGGGAUGUACUGGAGCUUGGGGCUAUCCGAAAGAACAUCGCACACCAGGAUACCCCUCCACAGAUCGACCCAUCCCAGGAGUGAACCUUCCAGCGGGAUCACCUUGCUAGGCCAAAUCGCGAGCGCGAGGGGAUCGCGGAGCGAUUCUGAUGGCUCCAGCGGCAGCAGCCUCGUCCUGUUUCAUCCAAUCGCAGUGGGUAGAGGGGCUCUUAGCCGGUUUCAGUCGGCGGAUAGGGAGACGCCCGCUCCCUUCUCUCUUCUUGUCAUAUGAACUCUCAGCCAGCUCUCCACCCACCGUAAUACUUCUCUAAUCCGCGUCUGGUUUUCCGGCGGCACUGGCGGUGAGAUUCGGCGAAGAAGAGGAUCCAGUGCGAGGAUCAUUGCGAAAUUCACCCAGCUUGUAAUCAUCAAUGUCAGUGUCUGACGAACUUGUGGCCGACUCUGCAUCCGAGCUGAUUCUGCAAGAGGCGGAUGUUUCAUCCUCGGAGGAGGAGUUGCUCCCAUCAUCUGAAGAACCAAUCACGUCCAGUCCAGGGACACUGCCGCAUAGCACCAUCGAUGGCUCCUCGAGCUCCUUCCCAGGUGCUGUUGGGUCUGCAUCGUCUGAACAAUUGAGCACUACCAGUUCAAGUAGUGUGCUGCACUUGCGUGACACGGCUGAGAAAUUUCCACCGUCAGCUUCAUUUGUUGGGCCUCCCAUUCUGUUGUGUCGUCCUCCAAAUUGGUAUCAGGACUUUUACAUGAGGACGGAUCACAAGGGAUAUCUGCAGAUGUAUCCUGAUCUGGGCGGGCCGUUUGGCAGCUUGCAGGAAGCUGAAGCUGCUAUCAAACGCCAUCUUGACGAACGACGGCUCCCAGAAAUAUGCCAGAAGCCAUCCGAAGGUCCUCGUGUAGAGUAGCUUAUUAAACAAUGUCUUUACUAUCCCGAUUGCAUGCCAAAGAGAGGCCCCAAUGCACCAUCCAAGAGUUCCAAGGAUCACAUGUGUCAUUUGGUUAAAGCUUUAUUGGACCAGUAUAAUGAUUAUCACAAUCUUUGCA